AUGGAAAACGUCCACAACAUCAACUUCAAAUGCGCAGAUAAGACCGCCAUCGGUUUCCUGGCAGAUGUCGGCGAGACCUACACUGGCGUGCGGCAGGAGUUUGCCCUCCUCUCCGACGUGCUCGGCCUCUCACUGCUCGUCGACUCUCUCAACCACCGUCUUACCGAGGAUACCGUGCUCGGUCCGUUCCACACAGAUGAGGCGAGGGAUUUCCGCCAUGGCUCACUGAUUUCGGGAGAUUUCGAGGGACAUAUCAACAUCACGCGUCCCGGAGGCAUGCCCCAGGUCCGUCACUGCGACCAAGGCAUCAUGGGCCACGGCCGUACCAAGCCCGUUGCCCUCAACAUCUCCUUGCUCCCGUGCAACUUCACCGAGAAGAAUCGCGGCACCCACACCUUCCCCGGCUCGCACGAGAAGAACGUCAGCCCGCGUAACAUCUUCACCAGCGAGAGCACCCUCGCCUACGAGGCGUCUACCGGCACCGCCAUAAUCUUCGAGAGCCCCACCUUGCACGGCAUGGGCCGCAACACUGAGAUCUCUGGGGGGAGGGCCUGCGUGCCGAGCAUCUUCACCCACCCGGCCGCCGAGGACGAGCUUCUCUCGGAGCGCCGGAGGUCGAUUGAGGCCCUAAGGACGGGGCAGGCCGGCGCCGGCGGCGCGCUGGGCGAGGCGUGGAAGGGCAUCAUCGUCAGGCGGCCGAGGUCGGAGUUCAAGACGGUGGGCAAGGUCCGGCCUUCGUAUGAUGAUGAGGAAGUGGCCAAGAUGAUCUCAACCGGUUCUCAUGCCAACAACGCGCAGCUGGCCGUCUGUGAGGCUGUAGGACGGGGCAAAUAA